ACACACACACACACACACACACACACACACACACAAUCAAAACUGUAAUUAGCCUGGCAUGGAUUAGCAAUGGGGAGCAUUUUCCACUGUACUAUACUCCCUCACACAGAGUCACACAGACAGACACCGUCCUGCCCUUCUUCUAACAGAAAAAGUUGUAUUUCCGUGUUGCGCCCCAUGAGAUCAAGCAACCUCACAGCUCACCCCUGUAGUUUAGAGAUCAAACAAAUGAUCAUUUCCCUCUAAUUUCGUUGCUUGUUUUUCUCUCUUUGAGCAUCUAAAUAAGCUUGUAGAAUUCUUUAGAAGUCAGCAAAGGCAAUGUUUUUGGCUUUCAUGCAGUCAGCUGGAUAUGUGGUUAGCAUGCAGAGAGAGAUGUGGUACUGCUGACUCACAGCACUGCCGGGUGUGUGUGUGUGUGUGUGCGUGUGCGUGUGUGUGUGUGUGUGUGUGUGUGUGUGUUUGUCUUGGCUCUCUCCAUGAUGUACAUGUCUCUCCGUCAAGCCAAACAAGAGUCCCCAGGAGGCAGACUAGCAUAAUAUAUGUCCUCAUUACUCACUGCAAGGUCAACUCAUUUUACAAUUUCUAUUUAAUCCACAGACUUUUUUAAUCAGUUGUUUGGAUGAUCCCCAUCAUCAUUGGAACUUUGUUGUUUGAUCAAAGGUAGAAACUUAAAGAAUAGAAAACCUAAAUGCAAACGUUGUUUUAACUGUCACGUCUCUAUGUGGUAGAUAUAAAUCUUUCAAGUUUUUUUUCUAUUUGAGGCUUUUUUUGCUGUCUUUUUUCUUGAUUCUGCUGCUUUUACAAUAUGACUUAUAGUGCAAAUAGAUUUACUGAAUUCCCCAUAGCCUUCUUACCCAGCUAGCUAGGCUAAAACUUUCCACCCUCUCUUUCACCAUUCCUCCUAUCACAGAGGUCAGGAUUCCCAACAAGAUAUUAACCCUUAAUUUAGACUUCUGGAUUACAGAUCCUUUAAUCCAACUGUUUCAUUAGCAAUCACAUUAGUAAAAAUGACUGCGUUUAUGUUUAAAAUAGUGAUGCACCGAUACUGAUAUCUAGGGUUGUCACGGUAUGAAAAUUUAACCUCACGGUUAUUGUGACCAAAAUUAUCACGGUUUUCGGUAUUAUCGCGGUAUUUUUUAAACGGUGUUGCAUAUGUUCAGAAAGCAUUGAUAGUCCUGUUCUACACAAACAGAAAUAGUUUUGAAAAGGUUUAACAGUGUUUAUUAAACCUAAAAUAACACAAAGCCUUAGCAAAAGUGCAACUUUUCACAAGUAAAGGAACAAAUAGCUUAUUUUUCUGGAGCAUGUUACAGUAGUCAGUGCAGGUUUAAAUUAUACAAAUCCAAACAUUCGAAACAUAAACAAUAUGUAAACAAAUCAAAGAAACACCACUUGUUUUCUCAUAUACUUGUUUUCUUCAUUAUCAAAAUGAAAAUCUAAAACUCCAGUCCACACUUGACUUGAAGUCAACCUUAAAAAAAUAUGUAUUUAAAAUAAAUAGCCACUUUAAACAAAUUACUAAAAUAACUACUACACUAUGUAAUCAAAUCCAAAUGUUCAAGUAUAAAUGGCAUUGAAUAAGUAAACAAAUCAAUGACAAGGAACUAAUUGUAUAUUUCUCUUCAUCAUCAACAAAUAAGAUGCUUCAUCCAGCAACAGGGUGUCCGUGACACGGUUUAAAUGCUGGCAGAGGACGCUGCGGCUGCAGUCUAUAGUGACUCGUUGCAUUCUCCCUCAACCAAAAGUCCUCGCGUCAUGCAUUUAAGCUAAAAUGCUAAUGUUAACUUACCUUGCACUGGCUGUAGAGACGUGGGUGAUGGUCACGCAGAUGUGCCAUUAGAUUCGAAGAGUUGCUGCCUUUUGCAGACACUUGUUUCCUGCACGUUCUGCAAACGGGAUAGCCGUCUUCUAUUAACUGUCCCUCAGCAUUUUCAGAAAUCCAAAAUAUGCCCAUACUUCCGAUUUAGUCUUCUUUGAGGGCUGAUGGAUGUCCUGGGCGCUGCCGUCUCCUCCUUCGGCCGUUAUUUCAGCUUCAAAGUUUUGUUGCCGUUGCAAAUUAAAAAGUGCGUGUGCGCGCCGCAGGAACUUCAGCUGAAGCGACGGUGGCUGGUAAGGGUCACCGCGCUGAAACCGCGGCCACGGUAAACCCACCGAGAUAAUAUAGUUUUUUAAAAACUGGACGGUUAUUUUUAUUGUCAACUUUUUUACCGGGGUUUACCGCUAUACCGGUUACCGUGACAACCCUACUGAUAUCCGAUACUAAGAUCACUGUUAUGGCCUAUAACCGAUAUUGACAUUAAUGCUUCUAAAAUCAGCAGGUUUCGUAUAGAAUGAAAAUUAUUAAAGCUGAAUUUACAUUAUUAUGUACACACAACGCACACAUUUAGGGUUCUGAGAGGAUUUCAUUCACCGUUCACAUGACUAAACAAUUAAGGUUGGUUUAUGCUUGACGUGUCCGCGAGGUCCGCACGGCUCCACGUGGAAAAGUUGCGUCAUUUUAACAACCACGCCCCUCCACCGCGUCUCCGCACGGCCCAAGAUUUCCGCAACGCGCACCUCGGAAAAUUUCUAACCACGCGGACGGACGGACGCGGAAAAACAUGGCGGACCGGCAAGAACUAGUGUGGCAGAGGUUCAUAAACACAGACAUUUGUAUGAUUCAGCUCUCAGAGAUCACCGUGAUCAACAUGUUGUUAAUAAUUCUUGGAGAGAAAUAGCUCGCACUGUCGGAAAAGACGAGAACGCUGUUAAAAAUGCUGAAAUGCCAUGUUGUAAACAGUAAUUUCUACUUCUACUAUGGUGUAGUGUUGGAUGCAUGCUGUAGAGCUCCAUGCUGCCCCGUUCAGUUUGGGAGAAUAUUGGCUCACGGCAGAGACGAGCCGCACAAACCAUAAACGCUGCGAGUUGUGAAGCGCGUUCCAUCCGCGAGCCGCAUCACCGCGCGGAAAGUGAAUGCGUCAAGCAUAAACCAAGCUUUACACACCACGUCCUCACCCUCUGAAACAGGCAAACAAAUGGAGAUGAGAUAGAAAAAAUAUUGUUUGUUAAUAUCGGCCUGGUUUUAUUUAUCUAACCGAUAGCACUAUGUAAAAAAAACGACUAGCAUCGGCCGAUAGCGAUAUUGAUGCAGAUAUAUUGUCCAUCCCUAGUUUAAAACAAUGCUUGCAGACAAUGAAAGCAGCAUCUUUGUGUUGGAAUAAGUGCUUGAUUGUGGCUCAGGCAUUUCAGCUGCUUUAGUUCAUUUUGGUGAGCGCUAUAUUUGGAUCACCAUUAUUUAAACUGUUCUGUGUUGUUAGAUUUAGUGGUUAAACUUUAAUCCACCUUUUUAGUGAAAAGUAACUUGCAACAGGUAUUUCAGUCCGGUUUAAAUACGUCUUUAUUGAAGAGACCUGUGGGAAAAUCCAGAAGUGCCUGUCUCAGCUGGAGGAGAGAGUGGCAGAACAGGAUUAUUUCCUGAUAUUUGGACAUCUCUCCUUGGAUUGGAUAACAGCAGCACGACUCUACCACUGACUCCGUUUGCUCUGCAACAUUGAUGUCUUUACAAAUAACACACGCCUAGAGGAGCUUCUGCCAUGUGGUGGAGUUGCUAAUGCUAACGUUAGCUUCCGCUAGUCGAGACGUUCUCUGCUGUUUCCUGGAUGCUAAUCCAACAAAAGCCUUCCUCAUCACGAGUCAAGAUGAGUGAAUCUAUGAAUGGUCAGAGACAGUGUGGCGUAGAUCUGUCAGGCUUUUCUAAUCCUAGCAUUUUGCCAUCUAUUUUCUUUCUGAAGCUAACGCAGGAGAAAGGUGUAGAAGACUUUUUUCAUGUUCAGCCUGCAUGAAAAACAAGACUGACUGUAAUCAUAAAUAAUCAUUACAAAAUGCUUUGUCAGUGUACCACACCUUUCAGACACACACUUGCUCACUGUUCCAUGCAGUAUUUCUAACAAAAUAACUAAUCCUGAACUAAUAUGUCGACUAGUGUUUAGCUCAGUAAGAUCAAAUCAUCCCUUACUUGCUGAUAAGCGGUAGCGUAGUUUUGUUAUACUGAAAACCCAGGGCUGAACCCGGUGUUACCUUGUUAAGCCACUAAUCCUGCUAUGUAGUACAGGCCUCGGUUAUGUUUUUUUUUUUACAUAACGCUAAUCUCUAUAAAAACUAGUACUCAUCGUUUUUUACUAAAUCACCAUAUUGGAUAGGUGUACUGUUUAUUUAUUUUGUUAAGCACAUUCUGCUCUUCGUAAACACGGCUUAUGCGAUAAGACCGAAGGACCCUUGAACCAUUCCCAUUUGCCUACAGGUUAUCAGAAGGCACAUGUAUGUGACAAAGAAACUAGUUCUGCAUUCAUUGAAAUGGCAGAAUUCAAAGUGUGAUCAGAUAAAGCCACAGCAAUGGAGUCAUCAUCCUCCCAAGGUCUCGGCUCCCUGCUGGGCUUUACCUUCCUGUUGGUCUGCUCUCCCGUUUUCCUGCUCAGCGUGCUGGUCACGACUCGGUCUCCUGCUGACGUUGAGCAGAUGCCAAAGGCCUGGCUGAUUUCAGAGCGCCUUUGAAUCACUGCCAAUUAUUUGUUUUGUUAUAAAGGAUAGUGGAGUUAUUUGUGGCAGAGGUGCUUACUGCCGUUUGUAACAAAGUCAAGCUACUAAUGAGAGAAACCCAGAGAGUUAAAGGUGUUUUUUGGAAUUCCAUCAUUUUUUGUGUCUGGCAUCUUAAUGCAAGCAGUGAUUGAGUGUUUCAUUAACAAGAAAAGUUCUGGCCAAAGCCCUGAGGCUAAUGUUUAGUAUCUUGGCCACAGGUGCUUCUAGAACUGUUUGUCCAGCUAAUGUAAUUUUUUUUUUUUUUUUUUUUUGCAUAAUUUCUAUGCAAAGAAUAGAGCCAAAUGUAGCUGGAUUGUUAUUGUUUUCCAUGUGGUCAGAAUUGGGUUGAUUUAAUAGUUACAAUGCACAAUGAAAGGAAGGGGACGUUCUCUCAUUGAGAUUAUUUGACACUUUAGCAAUCCUGCCAGCACGAGGUGGAAAUAAGACCGUUCCUCUACCCCUAUUCCUCAUUGAUCUUUUUUGGGAUGUGGAAACUUUGAUCUCCUCCUUUGAGCAGUUCAGUGUUUUGGCAUUUCAUGAAAGCCCAAGAUGGACCAUUGUUAGUUGAUCAGCUUAUUCAGCAGUACAGCAUUUUUAUCUGUUUUUAACAGCACAGCACACCGUGUACACUUUGUGAGCACUUGGGCCAAAUGCUGUUGGAUUAGCCGUUAUGGUUUAUGACUGCCAGUCAUUUACAGAGAAAACAGCUCUCAGCAUCAUGAGUCUUUUGUAGUGUCUACUAAUAGUAUUUGCACAAUUUCUUAGAGUCCCACAGCUAUUUUUGUUGUCAAAAUUGUAUCCAUUACCAACCAGCUUUAAAGGUAGGGUUGACUUUCCUGGAAAAAGCCAUUCAAGCCAGCUACUUUUUGAAAAAAUAUAACUCUAAUUUUCAACCCCCUUUCUUCAGGCCACGCCUCCAGAAUUUAGAAUGCCGGACACAACGGAUACUUUCAAACAACCAUAAAAAUGUAACAUCAUCUAACCUUGUUUGCACAUUUUCUGACGUAAUUUCUAAUGUAACACGCCUACAUAAGAACUACAGAGCCCCUAGGUUGCUAAAAGACUCUUCAUAGCCAGGUGCCAGUCGGUCGGAGUUCUUCUGACUUUGUCUCCACUCUCCACUGAAGGUUUAAGAAAGGUAAAACAUUGGGACCUAUAUCUAAGAUCCAUGAAGGGCUUAAUACACUGGAAAACCCUCUCCAUUACAUCCCCCAAUGCUACUUGGCCAUUAAACAAUUGAGUAUGCUAGCUAAUAUGGCUAACCCGGCUCUGGCUUUGCUUCCUAUUCAACUGCUCCAAGCCGAGAUCCUGUGAUUCAUACACCCAGAGGGGUAAAUGUGGCUAGAUCAACCAUUAAGAGUAGGACGUUCACAAAGAUUGGAUUGUAUAUUUCAGAAGCUAUUAAAAUGAUUUAAUCUUUACUAAACAUUUGAUUUAUUGUUUGCCAUUUAUAUGUGAAGAGAAUUUCAAGCAAAAUGGCAAAAAUGCCCCAGCAAACCAUCCUCUAUCCCACAUUCAAGUGCUCGAGUGUUUAAAUGGUAUUUAGUCUCCUAUCAGAAGACUCUGUGCUAGACGGAGACAUUUAUUUUCUCCAGCUCCUGUUAAGUGUUUGAGGGUACAUCCUCCAAAUGCACUCAUUAAGUUCCACAGAAAUGAUCACAUUAAUUAUUACAAAAAGUUGUGAUUAUUUCUGCAAGAAAAGCAUCUAAUUCAAGCUCAUAAGGUUAUUCUCUGGAAAAUGUCCUCGGGAUUGCUUAUUAUCAUCAAUGACGAAAUGUUUAGCCGAGGUUGGUACCAGAUUCCUCAAAAGGCUUGGAUGCCAUCAGCAUGUGCGUUUACCCCGUAUGUGGGUGUGUACACACACACACACAGCAUUUGCAUCGAAGGCAUUUGUAUGCCCCAGCUUUAGAAGCAUUGGAGGUGGGGAACAGGACAUGGUUUGCAGUCACCUGUGCAUUUGUGUGCUGCGGCUCACCCAGUCUAAUUGGUGGAACCCUGUAUGUGUGUACUUGAGUGUAACGCGCCCACCCCAACACGUCUUGCCCUGCAGCUGCAGCAGAGCUAAUUUUAGCGCAGGAUGUGCGUAUGCCUCAGUUCCCCCAACUUGCCCUGUGAUAGAUGAGAGAGCCACGGUACAGACGUUUUAAACACUCACCUCAACCUCACCAUCAUUUCACGUGUGUUCUGAGAAGUCGUUUUCUACAUUUUUGUCCACGUGUCCCAUUAGCAGCAGUAUAGAUUUUCCCCUUGGAUAUAAUGACUUCAGUUAUCACGUCCUGCUUGCUUUUGACCUUUACUCUUACAGUCUUUUGACCCGGUUUGUGUUUCUCUGAGGUGGAGCGUAACCAGUCUGCUGCUCUGUCUUUUAGCCUCAUUUAGUCCUUAUUCUCUGUGGAAGAUUACCCUAUCGGAUCAUUUUACUGAGCUUUUUUUUUUUAAAACUGUGCUAUUUCAGAGCUAAUCGCCCACGCUGCAGGUGACCCUCAGAGAGAGACAGAUGUGUAACUCGGUGAAAAAACAUUUGCAUCUCCCUGUGGAGAUUUGACUUCUGGGAAGCUGAGACAUCCAGAAGGAGGUCUCUGGGGAAGAUGCUGGGUUCAGAGCGCGGUGUUGUUGAAGAAUGGCUCUCCGAAUUCAAGUCCUUACCAGAAACCCACAUCCCCAGCUACGCCGGCAGCCUUCAUCUGAAGAAGUCCCUGGUUCCAGCGCUCUACAGAGUCAUCCAGGAUCCCGGCAACGAGCUGCUGGAGCCGGUGUGCCACCAGCUGUUCGAGCUUUACCGGAGCUCAGAAGAUCGUCUGCGACGUUUCACGCUGCAGUUCCUGCCUGAACUCGUGUGGGUUUAUCUGCGCAUCACUGCCAGCAGGGAUCGACAGAGCAAUGGCUGCAUCGAGGCCCUCCUGUUGGGCAUCUAUAACCUGGAAAUUGUUGACAAAGACGGCAACGGCAAGCUUCUUUCCUUUACAAUCCCGUCUCUGUCAAAACCAUCAAUAUAUCAUGAGCCUUCUAGCCUGGGGUCCAUGGCUCUGACAGAAGGCGCUCUCUGUCAACACGACCUGAUCCGAGUGGUUUACAGCGGCCUCCACCCACAGAGAGAAACCUUCACUGCUCAGAACAGGUUCGAGGUGUUGUGUUUCCUUAUGCUCUGCUACAACUCAGCCGUGGUCUACAUGCCACUUUCGUCCUAUCAGGCGGUCUGCAGAAUGAGCUCACGAGUGUGUGUGUGUGGCUUCCCUCGACAACAACAGAAGCUGUGGAGGGAACCCUGCAACCGCGUGCUGCUGGAUCCUGAGUUCAUGGUGCAGAUGUUGACUGCUGUUUACCACGCUAUAUACAACGGAGAGUGGGAGAUGGGACGAGAAGCUCUGGAGGAUAUCGUGUACAGGUCUCAGCUGGAGCUUUACUCCCAGCCUCUGCUGCUGGGGAACGCUAUGAAGAACUCGCUGCCAGAAAGCGCUCCCGAUGAGCCGAGAGGGCGCAAGGUGCUUCAGGUGGAGGUGACACCCACCAUCAGUCGUAUCUCCAUCUCAGCAAUCACCACCGCCUCCAUCCGACGCCACCGCUGGAAGAGAGAGGAUUGUUUUGACCACUCAACCGAUGCAGAGUUGAGCCUCACCAUCAGUCCUCCUAGCCUCGCCCAGCUCCACCACCACCUCCACGACCCUCCCUGGGAACCGGCAGCUAAAGAGGAUAGAAGGCGGCAUCACAGCUUCCACAGCAGCAGCGGCAGCAUCAUUCCCCCCAUCACACUUGAGGAUGCUGACGGCAUGAGCGGCGGAGAAGAUUCUUUUAACAUCAACGACCCAGACGAGGGCUUUUCCUCGGGGGCGUCCAACAGCAGCCAGCCCAGCGGCACCAAGGGCGGCAGUGGCGUGGGGCCGAGGGGCGGCAGCCUGAACAGCAGCAGUAGCAGCAUCAAGAAAGCCAUCACGGCCCAUCUGUCUCGUGACAAGGAGAGGGAGAAGGAAAGGGAGCGAGAGAGGGAGGCAGGGAAACAGGCGGAAAUGUCGGUCGAUCAGCAGGUUGCCGGGACGAAACCUCACCAGAAGCAGCAGUUGCCCCCAGUCGGCAUCACCUUGGACGCUAUCCACCUCAGUCCCAUAAAGAAGCACCUGAGCUUCCCCGCGGGACCCCAGCUGGUGCGAACCGGCAGCGCCUCCUCCAGCAAGUCCUUCGACUGCAUGAAACUGAACUCGAACGGGGGCGAGGACGAUCAGGAGGAGACGGCAGGAGGCUCGGAAAGGGUGGGGCUUCUGGCGGGGGGGUCGCACCGCCUCUCCACCACGAGCCUGCAGGAGGAGCACCUGAACAGGCCCGAGGAGGCCCAAGCCCUCCUGAACACUGGAGCUCCUCUGACCAAGCAGUCCCGCUCACCCAGUUUCAACAUGCAGAUCAUAUCACAGGUCUAGUGCAGCACAGGAACACACACACACACACACACACUAAGUUCCAUCUGACUUUUUGUUUGACCUAUUUGUGUGUAUGUGGAGUGGGACCAGAUCUCUGGAGCUUUGUCUCUAUUAAAACGUGACCUUCAGUCAUCACUGGUGAGUUCAGCUGCAUCCUCCACUCCAACCAAACUGAGCAUUCCACACACAAACUCUCCUCACCCGGACAGAGUAACCGGAAAAAUGAGGGGAAAAAACUCCCAAGGAUCGUACAGUCGUCAUAAGUCACUUAUGACAUUUCAGAUCUAUUUUUUUUAGUUCUUGACUGAAUCAGUCAAAAAUGAAUCAGCAAUAACUUGUCACUCACGUGGAGAAAGGUGGGGAUUUCUCUAGUUUCCCAUAGCUUCCCUCUCAUUCCCGGGCUCAUGUGCAAUCACCCUGAUUUUUGUGUUAAUUUCUCCUUGGAAGCUACGUUUUAAAUCGCAAUGCUAAAAGAGUGAUUUACUUUUUAGAUUCCGGGUCAAGAUCUGGUUGAUUAGUAAAAACUGCUCUAGAGAUUGUCUCGCCUCCAGCGUUUAAAUCAUUCCUGUGCAGCUACACAAGUAGACUUUUGUCUUGGGACCUGAUUUUAAAGAGCAAGUCACCCCCAAAUCAACUAUUUUUUCCUGAUAAACUAUAUAAAUGCGUGUCUAAGCGUGCGGCAGACACGUGUAGUCAAUAGUUUUGCACUUUAGUGCAUUUUAGUUCAAAUUAAAAUUUUCUGCCUUAAACUGUCAGUGUUGUGCCGUUGUCAGGUAAAAACUCUUCACUGCAUUUGAAUUUAAAUCUGCCACCGCUAUUGGCUAAAGCCUGAUUUAUGCUUCUCCGUCUGCGUCAGUGCGGAGACACGCAACACCAUUAUCCAUCCUUGCGUAGGGCUCCGGCAGGCACGCAAGUACGUACGGAGUCGAGCCCACUUUUUUAAACAUCCGUCGAACGAGACGGAUUACGCAAGCUUGUGAUUGGUCAGGACGCCGCUGUUGUUUACAGCGCCGCCAUUGCAAAGAGAGCCGAGGAUAACUAGCGGCAGACACAGAGAAGCUUGGAGAAUACCUCGCGAAAAAACUCUAACAAUAUGAACGUUUCAUCCUCCCGUGACUGGAGGAGUGAAAAGAUGCGCAGCAAGCGUUUUAUUUGUGGACGGAAAUGACAGGAAACGUGGGUUUAGAGGUGAGGAGCGCAUGAAGCGGUGGGAGAAUGAGAGACAAAUAUGUCCGUGUUAAAAGUCUCAUAUAUACAAAAAACACAAUAUAAACACACUAUCUUGGACCGAUACAUGACAGGAUACCACAGAACAGCGCUACGCCCUCUGUUGUCCUGCCGGGCAAUUGCUUUGCAACACUCUCCAGGAGAAGGAGAAGUAUGAAAGCAAAACGCUUCCGUCAAUCCGUGCGUGUCCGUCCCUUGCGGAGCUGACGGAGAAGCGUAAACCAAGCUUAAGAAGUAUGCUAUGAUGUAAACUGGUACAUUAUGAUGUCACAAUGUCGUGAGUGUGUGUAUUUGUUAGUGGCUCCACCCUCUCGGUCUGCUAGGCAACAGCAUUUGUUGCAUUUUUCAAACAUGAAGUGGGAGUGAAGUACGCUUCUUGUAGGGGGUGACUUGCUCUUUAAAUCUAAGGCUGAGUCUUGUUGAUCUGCUGCCCUUUAAACUGCAGCUAAAGGCAACGACUGUAUUUUGUGUUUAGUUUCAAACCGUUUAAUGGAUCCUUCCAUGCUGUUGUCUCAGAUGGUUGUUUGCUGCCCCCUGGUGGCUGGCAACAUCAUUUCCUGUUUUUGUUCUGAUCCAUAAGAGGGUUUCUUCUACCUCAUCGUGUGUCUACCUGCCGCUCAGAAAUGCUGAACUGAAGCAUCACUGACCUGAACUCGUCCUCGCGUUUCAACACAGGUCUAGAAUAUUUCCCAAUGAUUAUGUUUCUUUUUUUAAUGUGAUGAUUUUUUAAGUGCAAUUUUACUUUUGAAAUCCUCACAUGCAUGGAGUUCUCUGCUGUGAAACGCCUGCGUCUGCACACGUUGCUUUCUAGCAAACAUGCCGCUCUUGUCUGCAUGUUUGGUGCCCUUUGCGAAGCUGUUUCAGUUGCAUGAAUCAGCCAGCAAGCCAAAACCCGAGUCUUGUCCUUGUCUUAGCCAGAUGUGCCAACACACAUCCUCCCUUUGAGGAUUUCUCUUUUUUCUGUUCUUGAUUUCUGCCCAGGUGUCUUAUUUAAUUAAAAGGCCUAUUUUUAUUCUGUGUUUGUCUGAUUUUGGAGUGGAGGGGACAGAAAAAGGCCCUUAGAUCCAGCUUCAACUUUUCUCAUUUAAGUUUUUAUUUUUCUGAAUCUAGUGAGUGUGGGACUCUUGUAGCGUCACAAUCGUUUUUUAGCUUCACAUGUAAGUGACGUCGUUACUCCCAGACUGUGUACAGUAGAUGUCAGCUGGUUAAUGUACAUAUACUUCACUCAUUCAGUCACCUGGUGCGCUUGAAGCCCUCGCAGCUGCCUUUCCCGACUCAUGUCUGCUCGUGUUGUUCUUUCCGCGUUUCCUCGUCUUUCCCAGCUGGACUUUGGGGCUUUCCGAGUAAGCUGCCGCCCCGUCGCCGUGCUGUGUGACUCUCAGCGAGCCAUGUUCCCAUCUGCUGUAUUUUUGCCAUGAGUCGAGUGGCAACUCUUUUUUGCUGUAUUAUUUAAAAAGCUCGGUGAUGUGUUUCACAACGUCCCGUAACGAGUACCGAGGUCGCCGGCAGUCUCGCCGACUCUGUGUUGACUCUGAGUAACAAAUAUCCCUCCGUGUGUGUUGUUGUUUGCAUGUGAUCAGGAUGGAGAAUGAACGCCAGCCUGGGAUUGUUUGAUGAAGAUCUGAUCAGUCAUUCACAACGACAGAAUAAGCUUCAAUAAGUCCACCUUGUUUUCUUUAUUUGUUGUGAACAUGACUUUUUAAAGACGCGGACAGUCGCCGCGGCUGGUGAGCUCGGUUCAUUUUCCACCCUGCAUGUGAAAAUGUUGUUUUCAUGCGGUUUUAUGCACUUUAAUCCAUCCACCUCUCUGGAGAUAGUUAUUGAAAUGACAUACGUAGAUGUGUGUACACUCAGUGCAGGGUUUUAGUCUCUUGAAAGUAGUACUUCUAUGGGAUGUCACAUCCAACACAAGGCUAUUUUUGUUCAAGUCUAAGAGUACAGCUAUUCUAAUUUUUUUCUUUCAAAACCAAAAAAAUAAAAAAAUAAGUUAUGGAUUCUGGAAGGUCUCAGGAGUUUCUCAAAAAGCCACAAUUAAAGAAAUAAAUAUAUAUGAAGCAGCACCAAAAUUUUAGUUCUCAAUUGAUUCUAUGCAAUGUUUUGCUCCCCUUCUGGUUUACUUUUGCUGUACGGGUUGUCCCAGUCGGGUGGGAGGAGCUACAGAUUAGCUAUUGGAGUCCCCCGGUUCUGUUUAAACGCCCGGCCGUUGUGCUGCAGAGCAAAGAUCAGCUGAUGGGGGGUGAAAUACGUUUUGGUGCAUGGUGAGCCCUCCGGUCCGUUUGCUGCUCUGUGGGUGUAUAAAAAAAUAAAAUGUCUAAUCUAGAUGCUUCAAGGGAAGCUGCUGGAUAACACUGUACUAAUUAUGUAUAAAUGGAGAAAAAGACUUAUUUUAAAUCUUGUAAAUAAAAAAUGUAUAAAGGUUAAAGCAAGAAAAAUGUAAGUCUGAGAUGUAGAGAUGAAUCUGUAUAUUGUUGAAUAAAUAUUGUGGCGUAAAUGA